AGUCGAAGAACAAGUUUGGAAAAAUGGAAGAUGCCUUUAACAGAUUAACGAUGGAAGACCCGCCCUUAGGUGAAUGUCCAACUGAGAGAACAGAAAAUACUUCAACAGAAUUACGAGUUCAGAAUAUGAAUGUACAGACCAUGGUGAUACAUGCGCAAGAAUACACUGGACCUAUUGACGCAAAUAUCGUCACAAUGGGAGCAUCAAACGUCACAAUAAAUCAAGAUAAAGAUCAGGAAAUUGAGUCAAGUAGAGCGGUAUCUGCUGACGAUACAGUCUGGCUGACUGAAUCAAUUUCGAUGUCGCAAAUUGAAAAGAUAUCGAAGUAUAGUCUCGUUUACAAAGGUCAACAAAUCCACGGAGAAUUUGGUGUCACUCAAGUUGCAGUGAAACUGAUUCCGCAUAACGAGCAGAAUGAGAGGGAAGCCAAAAUUCUAGUGAAACUGAGUCGCCACCCAAAUGUCGUUAGCAUGAUACAGUCUGGUAUUCACACAUUGGGCACUGUUAAAUACAUAUUCAUCGCUAUGGAAAUGUGCAGUAACGAAACGCUUGGUGAUUUUGCAAAUAGCUGUGAAGACUUGACGGAAGAAAUUAGAAAGAUUUUCACAAGACAGCUCGUUGAAGGCCUCGCUCACAUUCACGAAAAAAAAAUAAUUCAUCGUGAUUUGAAACCGAGCAAUAUAUUGGUCACACUCGACGGAAAACAUCUUAAAAUUUCUGAUUUCGGCGUGAGCAAAGAAAUGAGAAGCGGACGAGCCGCCACGGCCUUGACCUAUGCACGAGUCGGCACUGACGGAUGGAGAGCUCCAGAAACAUACAACAAGGAUAUCAUUUCCCAAAAAGCUGAUAUUUUCUCUCUCGGUCUUGUCUACUUUUUCAUGUGGAGUGGGGGUCGCCAUCCUUUUGGUAGCGAUCCAGAUGACUGGAACAGGAAUAUCAAGAAAUAUAUCAACAGGGAUUUGGAUCACCUUGUAACAAUGGGAACCUCAUACGUCAUAGAUUUGAUAGCAUGGAUGUUAGCAUUCGAUGACGAAGAAAGGCCGACAUGUGAAGAAAUUAAGCAACAUAGAAUGUUUGGCGGAAUAUCAAGAUGCCCUAGUCUUCUUCGAAUGGUAUCUGACCGAACAAAUCAUAGGAUGGCAUCUGACAAUAGUGCGUUACGUCGCGCACCUCUUUCUAAAUAAUGCGCUCAUGAUUUAUAUAAAUUGACAACAUUUGUGGUAAAAUCUUGACUGCAAAUUGAACUACCCUGCUAUGCUUCUUUUAAAUCAUCCGAUCUUCCAGACUGGGGCUUGAGAGGAGUUUCAGAGUCGAAUUUAUAUAUAUUUAUUUAUUAUAUAUAUAUAUAUAUAUAUAUAUAUAUGAAAAGACUUUACUAUAAUUCUAAUUUGAAAAG